AUGGGUUCGAGGCCAAAUGCAGGUGACCUUGAGAAGAGGAUUGAAGUUGGUCGAAUGGGACGAUCUAUCCCCAAAAACGGUUUCGGUUCGAAUAUUAGGGUCGUAUCGGCGGGCACAUAUUGGACGUUUGUGCCACCGAGUUCUUUCUAUCCGAUCCGAAUAAGUUUAAAGGUGCCGCAACUCCACACGGAUGGCACAGCAGUUUUAGUCUAUAUCACAUCCAUUAUUGCAUUUCUUAAGCGCCUUGAUAAUACGUUCAAUGGUUGGGAUGCUUGGCACGGACCUAAGGUGAUGAAGGAAGGUCUUGAUGCAAAGAUCAACUGA